UAACUUUCCUGAUUUAGGAUUUAUUCGUUCAACAGGAGAAUACUUUACAGCAGUCGAAUUGAGCGAAAUCGCUAAAAACUUGGAUCAGGCUGAACAGGCUGCCCUACAAGAGGGGAACGAACAGAUACCAACCGAAUUGUUAAGGGAAAAUGUAUCGACACAAAAGAGUCAAAACAUGGAUGAUUCUGGAUUCUUUUCAGUACAAGUAUUGAGUCAUGCAUUGAAGGUGUGGGGCCUCGAACUUGUACCAAUUGGUUCGGAAGAAAGCCGUGCUUCAAAGAAGAUUCCAGAGGAAGAAGAAGCUUAUAUAUGCAAUCUUCGCGAACACUGGUUUACUCUUCGUAGAUUCGGCGGAAUAAAAUCAAGAUGGUAUAAUUUGGAUUCUCUAUUACAUGGUCCUGAAUGGAUUAGUCAGAUUUAUUUAGGAAUGCUACUCAAUCAAUUGGAAACUGGUGGUAUACUUCCAACAAGCCAAGCUGAUGAAUACGCUAUAUCACACCCAGAUCCUAUUGUACAACUUUCGAAGGGUCAUAAUUCUUAUGACAGUGACUUAGAUAUGGCAAUUGCAGCAAGUCUUAAAAGUGCUGAAACAACCGACCGAGCAGAGAAUUUAAAUAACACCCAUCACCAAGAUCUUAAUUCAAAAAGCUCAGCUAAUGAACUGUCCAUUGAUGAUUUGCGCGCGAAAAGGCUAGCAAAAUUCGAAAAUAAGA